AUGAGACUCAUUGAGGAUCUUGCGUACGGAAAGACAGCCCCGACCGACCUGAUCCACCUGAAGAUCGCGGAUCCCAUCACUCAGAGCCUGAAGCACGGAGGCGAGGUAGAUGACAUGGCCGGUGUGAUUGGAACCGUGGCGAACAAAGGUAUUCACAACAACAACGGUUUGGGUCACGGCAAGACCUCGUCAGAACUCAAGAUUUACGAGAUGGUUCAACUUCCCUGCACUCUGGACAAUCCGUCCUACUUUGCCGAUCCGUACGUUGCCAAAACCGGGAGAGAUGCCAGCGGGUAUGUUCUUGCUGGCCUAGCACAGGCAAUCGCCUUCUCGAAUGGACUGGACCCGGUGAUGGUCGUGCUGGUCCAGCCCAAGGCAAACACCAAGUCAAAGAGCAAAGACAUGGACCGCAACAAAUGGACACAAAAGGUGGUUUUCCAAGAUGACGGGCAUAUUCUCCGAACCGCCAGCACAGCUGUUCUGGUAGCAAUUGACCCGGAUGAGAACAAUGGGAAAAAGCAAGCAAACCUCUUUGUGACCGGUCCGCUGGGCCAAGGGGUCGUGACGCCAGUCAAUGCGCGUGGUGAUAUAUAUGCAUGCGGAUAUACACCUAUUCGGCCCCUUCUCGAUAACCUCGAGGAAAUCAAACCCUACCUCUGCAACCAGUUCUAA